GUAUAUACCUAUAUCAACGAUAUCAUUAUCGCUAGUAAGAAUAUAGAAGAGUACCUUAAAUAUGUUGAGACAGUUCUUAAUAUCCUUGACAAGGUAUAUAUUCACAUUUCAAUAGAAAAAUUCUUCGUAAUCUACCCGUCAGUGAGACUACUUAGCUAUAUGGUCAAUAGCGAAGAAGUGGCUAAGACGGACGAUAGGAUCGCUAUAUUUAAGAAACUCAAGUUCCCUAAUAUCCUUAAGAUCUUAGAGUAG